GAUACGAAGUAUGAACAUGUGGUUGAAUAAGAUGAAAGUUUGUUUAUUUGCCCGUUCUCUAUUGACUUGCAAAUACCGUAAAUUCGUUACGUGUUUUAAUCUAAGAACGAAUCAAAUUCGACGUAUCAACUAUUCUAGAAUAUUUUACCUGUGUAAUAACAAUAAACCUAAGAGCGAAAUCGAACUUGGAAGUCGAAGUGUCAAGGAAUUGUUAGAAAAUGCUGCAGAAUUCAAAGACGAUUUGCAAAGUGAAAAUGAUGUUUGGAGUACUCCUGUGUAUCCUGUCAACGCAGAUCCACGUCGGGAUCAGGCUGUCCAUUCUAUAAGGCCGAAAGUGGAUCCUAGAACUACUAGUGUUGUUCUGUUUCCAGGACAAGGUUCACAAUAUGUUGGAAUGGGAAAACAAUUAUUGGAGUAUAAAAAUGUGAAAGAGAUGUAUGAAAUUGCCAGUCAAAUUGCAGGUUAUGACCUUUUGCAAUUAUGUCUUACCGGACCAAAAGAAGAAUUAGACAAGACACUUCAUUGUCAGUUGGCAGUUGUUGUUACAUCGUUAGCUGCCGUAGAAAGGUUAAAAGAAGAAAAUCCAGAGGCUAUAGAACAGUGUGUGGCUACUGCUGGUUUCAGUGUUGGAGAGUAUGCUGCUUUAGUAUUUGCUGGAGCAUUAUCAUUUGAAGAUGCUAUUAGAUUAGUAAAAAUCAGAGGUCAAGCGAUGCAGGAAGCAUCCGAACAGAUUUCCAGUGGAAUGAUGACAGUGUUUUUUCAUCCUGAUGCCAAAAUUAAAUUUGCAUGUAAAGCUGCUGAACAGUGGUGUAAACGCCAAGGAAUUGAAGAUCCCGUUUGUACAGUUGCUAAUUAUCUUUACCCAGAGUGUAAAGUUAUCGCCGGAAAUAUGGAGGCUUUGAAAUUUAUAGAAUUAAAUGCUUCUGAUUUUGGAAUAAAGAAAUUAAAAUAUCUUCCUGUUAGUGGUGCUUUCCACACACUACUCAUGAAACCUGCAGAAGAAGUUUUGAAAAACGCAUUAAAAAAUACAAAUUUUAAUUCUCCUCUAAUACCGGUUCAUUCAAAUAUCGACGGAAAGCCGCACAAAGAUGCAAGUGACAUUCGGAAAAAUCUCUGCAAACACGUCUGCAAGCCAGUCAAAUGGGAACAGACUCUGCACAUUUUAUACACAAGACCCACAGAUACUCCAUUUCCAAAUAGUUUUGUUUGUGGACCCGAUCGUUCGCUUCAAACACUAUUGAGGAUGGUGAAUUUAAAAGCUUGGAAGAGUUCAAAGCAUGUUGAAACAUAAUUUUAAUAAUAAUGUUGAACAUUCUCAAAACAGAAAGACAUUGAAAAAAUUCUAUAAAUUCCUUUAGCAUGAAACCAAAUAGCAAGAUACUGUAUAUUUUAUUUAAAAUAACAAUAUCUGAAUCGUGAAUUUGCAAUAUUUUCACUAGUAUGAAAGUUCAUUUGUACUUCUCAUAAUAAAGAAUUUAGUUGUUAUUUAUAAAUAUUUGAAAAUUCUGUAAAGAAAUUUUAGAUAAUAGUGUUUUAUGAUGUCUUUUAAAUUUCUAAUAAUCUUCAAAGAAACUAUGGCUACUCGGGAUACUCACCUCAGUAAAAUUCCUAUAAAUUAUAAAGUACUGUACACAAGACCCACAGAUACUCCAUUUCUUCUAUUUAUUCUCUGACAAAUUUUAAUUUUUCUACAUAUUCUGGUUAUCUAUGCUGAUUGAGUCAUUCAAACAGCCUCCAUUAUUUGUCAUUAGAUAUUCAACUAUCAAUAUUAUGAGGUUGGGUGAAGAAUUACUUUCACAAUGCUGCCAAAGUAAAAUCAUCUUUGAAUUCAUGCUUUGGUGUCCUUUCAAAAAAUUAAAUAACUCAGUAUACAAUCUCAACCAUAAUAACUUUACCACCACUUUGUAUAUAAGAGAAGUUGAUAUUUGUUUAAUGAUUUAUGCAAUGUUUUAAAAUAUAGGGUGAGAAAGAAAGUCACUUAACACCCCUGCUACAGAAUAUACUCAAAAUUAAUUUGCUCAUGUCAGGAACACAUUACACUAAGGAGGAAACAGACUGAUGUAUGUUAUGCAUGGCUGCCAUCUUGAAGGUGGCCAAACUGAAUGCAACUUCAAAAUUGUAAAUGGGAAGAUGGACGAAAUGGUAA